UCGCCACCACAAGAGAGAGCGAUCAAACGGCCAAUCGCUUCAGUAGAGAUUUGACCGCGGCGCGAACUUGACGUUCUAAAACGCAUUCUACUUUCGAACGUCUGUCAAAACGCGCGCCCUUUUUUGAAGUUUAGAACCUUUUUUCAAAAUUUGAAAAAGUUUGUUCAGUGAAAAGUUUUUUAAAAUUGUUAAUGGACCUGCUUUUUAUUUUGUGCCAGUGACCGAUAGCUGCAAAAAGUAAAAGGAGGUGAAACGUUUUUAAUUUCGACACCGCAAGAUGGCGCCCAACUGAGCUGACGACACCAACAACCAAGAUGGCGGCAGGUCCGGCCGCGGUGGUAGUCGCGCGCGCCUGCAAGCACUAUGGGCGCCCCGACAAACCGGACUACAAGCCAGUGCUCGUGCACCUUGACAUGACAGUUGAAAGGGGUAUUAUCUAUGGCCUCCUAGGCCCUUCAGGAUGCGGGAAGACCACCCUCCUCUCCUGCAUAGUGGGAAGAAGAAAACUGGAUAGUGGCGACAUUUGGGUCCUAGGUGGCACCCCUGGAGAGAAGGGCAGCGGUGUGCCCGGCCCCAGAGUUGGGUAUAUGCCACAGGACAUAGCACUAGUCGGGGAGUUCACAGUACGGGACGCGAUAUACUACUUCGGCCGUAUAUACGGGAUGAAGAGCGCCAAACUGAAGGAGAGGUUCGACUUCCUCUCUUCAUUGCUGGAGUUGGCAGCUGAAGGGCGGCUGAUCAAGUCUCUCUCUGGAGGUCAGCAGAGGAGGGUGUCGUUAGCUGCUGCCCUGGUGCAUGAACCAGAGCUGCUGAUACUGGAUGAACCUACUGUUGGGCUGGACCCAGUUUUGAGAGAGAGGAUAUGGGAGUUCCUAGCAGAGCUCGCGCGAGGCGGCACCACAGUCAUCAUAACCACACAUUACAUUGACGAAACGAAACAAGCACACAAGAUCGGUCUACUCCGAGAUGGUCAACUCCUGGCCGAAGAUUCCCCCGAGGAACUACUCCGGAAAUUCGACUGCGACACGCUUGAAGACGCCUUCUUAAAGCUGGCCCUUCGCCAACAUGAAAUGCCUAGAAGAAGGCCCACCCUCACAGCGUCUCCCGACGUCAUCCCGGACGGGAUUCCCAGCGUCGUGGACAGUCGGUACGAGUCGCGGGAAGACUUUAACGUGGUCACCAGCAGUACCGAUGUGUUAACAACAAAAGAGAAACCAAAAGACUGUAGAGGCAGAUCGAAGGCGAGGUAUAAGGCAGUAUUUAUUAAGAGCAUACAGCAGUUCUCCCGGCAUCCAGGAGGGCUGGUGUUCUCCAUCCUGUUCCCCAUCAUCCAGAUCGUGGCGUUCUUCUCUGCCAUUGGACACAACCCUCGUGGGCUACAUCUAGCCGUGGUGAAUGAAGAAACCGCCUUUUCACCGUAUGGUCACGAUAUAUGCAGAAAUAGCAGCUUACGGCCAAUAGUCAGGAUAGAGGAAGAAGACACGUGCGAACAGUACAUGCUCAGUUGUUGGUUCUUAGAAGAAAUGGAGAAGAAAGAAUUGUAUCAAAUUCCAUACGAAACCACAGAAGAGGCCAAAGCAGCGGUGGCCAGUGGCGCGCUGUACGGGGCGCUGUAUUUCCACCGCAACUUCAGCGACGCGCUCGCGGCGCGCGUGCGCGAAGGGGAGGUCCCUGAUGACGUGGUAGACGACAGCAGCAUCAGCGUCUGGGUCGACGUCAGCAAUCACCAAAUAACCAACUUCAUAAAGAGUCAGCUGCACAAAACGUACAGCAGUUUCACGAAGCGAACGAUGCGGGCUUGCGGAAGGAACGAAGACUUGGCUCAGAUGCCGGUCCGCUUCCAAGACCCGGUGUACGGCAAGAUGGACACUCAAAUGGUGUGGUUCAUGGCUCCGGGGAUCAUGAUCACCAUAAUCUUCUUCCUACCCGCGGUGGUGACGUCGACGCUGCUGAUCGGCGAUCGGCUGGAGGGCGUGUGGGAGCGCAGCGCGGUCGCCGGAGUCAAGCCUAAGGAGAUGCUGAACGUGCAUAUAGCGCUGCAAGCCGCCAUCAUUGUGCUGCAGACGGCAGAGAUGAUGGCUCUCUCAUUCCUCGGCUACGGCAUGCCUUCCGAGGGUUCGCUGAUAACGUGCGGCCUGCUGCUGUUCCUGCAAGGACUCUGCGGGAUGUGCUAUGGAUUCCUGCUGUCAAUCUACUGCUCCAGCUAUACCAUGUCCUUCUUCGUGGCUACUGGAAGCUUCUACCCCAUGAUUCUUUUGUGCGGAAUCCUCUGGCCUCUAGAGGGCAUGUCAACCGGCCUCCGGAUCAUCGCUCUCAUGCUGCCCUUCACGAUUCCCUCCAAGUCCCUCCGCGAUAUUAUGGAGCGAGGGUCCUCUUUCUUAGAGCCGUCGGUCUACCAAGGAUUCCUGGUGACCCUGGUCUGGAUCGCGGUCACUUUAGGCCUCUGUUUCUUGAGGCUAAAGUUGAAAAAGACGUAGGAAUUUUUUGGGAACAGUUGAGUUGCGCCAACAUUGUGCGUUGAUGAUUCCAGCAAAACUUUUGUAUUACUUGUGGGUGUGCACAUAAUACAAACACAUUUGUGAGCAAAUCGAUUUCAUGCGGUAAGAAAUUAUUGCGAGAAAAAUCUCCAUAACUAUCGACACAACAUAAAAUUGGCUCGACAACACAUAUGUGUCUGGGUGUGACAGACACGCGGCAAAAAUCUUGGCCAGAACUUAAGCAUAGACUUGGAACUUGAGUUCUACCAAGACCUAAAGAAAACGUGGUGUUUCAAUUUUAAUGGACAACUGAAAAAGGGUCAUUAGUAGAGUUCUCCGUCCACCGUAAUAAAUAUCUGCUGGUGAUACGAUUGAAUCGUGAGGACUUAAGUCUCUCUGGGUAGUUUAAUAUUUCAUGCCUUAAAACUAAGUAGGAUAUUGCAAUAUGGGUAUUAAACAGUUGUAUUUACGUAUAAGUUAGUCGAUCUUGCUACUGCAAUUAAGACUUCAGCUAUUCAAACAAUUUGAUUAAAAUUAGAGAUUAAUUAAUUAGAUAGAAACUUUUAAUUGUAAAUAAGGCCAAAACAUACAAUGUUUUAUUUGAAUUUAAAGGAAAUGUGAAUCUUUUUAGAAAAAUUAAAGAUAAAGAAAAGAUGUGAAACUGUAUUGACAGUAUAUUACUGCCGGUACAUAAAAUAUGAAUUCACAUAAAACUAUGUUUUUAAGCUAUUUUAUAAAAUUAUGUUCGUGGCCAAUUUUUUGAGAAAUAUACCGAUGACGUUAUGUGACUUCAUAUUUUACUCUUUAUAAAUUAAAAUAAGAUUCGCUUAAUGUAGUGGUGGAUUUUCAUACCAUUGUAUUUUAAAUAAAUAAAUAACCAAACUGUAAACUACAUAUUGCCGUAAUAUAAGUUUCGUGAUAACAAACUAUGUGAUUUGUGGGUAUUUAUAAAUAAAACGUUUUUCUAUAA